AUGGCACUGUCCAUGAGAGGGUGCCACAUCUCCAUCGACACACGAGAGCGAGGAGACGCCAUGACCACCGCCCUCUUGGCUGUGCUUUUCCUGGGGCUCCUCCCCAAACCCACCCUCUGGGUUGAGCCAGGCCCUGUGAUCCCCUGGGGGAGCCCAGUGACCAUCUGGUGUCAGGGAACCCUGCAGGCUCAGGAGUACCAUCUGGAGAAAGAGGGAAGCCCAGUGCCCUGGGACAGACAGAAGCCACUGGAGCCCGGGGACAAGACCAAGUUCUCCAUCAGUCACAUGACAGACCUGCAGGCAGGGACAUAUCACUGUUACUAUCUCAGCCCCACUGGCUGGUCAGAGCGCAGUGACCCCCUGGAGCUGGUGGUGACAACAGGAUUGUAUAGGAAACCCAGCCUCUCAGCCCUGCCCAGCCCUGUCGUGACCUCAGGAGGGAACGUGACCCUCCAGUGUGGCUCAUGGGAGGAAUUUGACAAGUUCAUUCUGACUAAGGAAGGAGAUCACAGGCUCUCCUGGACCCUGGACUCACAGCCACAUCGCAGUGGGCGGUCCCAGGCCCUGUUCCCUGUGGGCCCCGUGACCCCCACUAACAGGUGGAGGUUCAGAUGCUAUGGCUGUUCCAGGAAGAGACCCCAGGUGUGGUCUCACCCCAGUGACCCUCUGGAGCUCCUGGUCUCAGGUGAGUCUGGGAAGCCCUCCCUCCUGAGCCAGCAGGGCCCCAUCGUGGCCUCUGGACAGAGCCUGACCCUCCAGUGUUGCUCUGAUGUCGGCUAUGACAGAUUCGCUCUGCAUAAGGAGGGGGGACGGGACAUCCCCCAGAGCCUAGUCCUGCAGCCCCAGGCUGGGCUCUCUCAGGCCCUCUUCCCCCUGGGCACUGUGAGCAGCUCCCACGGGGGCCGGUACAGAUGCUACGGUGGAUACAACCUCUCCUUUGAGUGGUCGGCCCCCAGUGACCCCCUGGACAUCCUGGUGGCAGGACAGCUGUCUGACAGACCCUCCCUCUCGGUGCAGCCAGGCCCCAGGGUGGCCUCAGGAGUGAACGUGACCCUGCUGUGUCAGUCACGGAGCCCUAGGGACACAUUCCUUCUGUCCAAGGAGGGGGCAGCCGAUCCCCCUCUGCGUCUGAGAUCAGAGCACCGAGCUCAGCAGUUCCAGGCAGAGUUCUCCAUGAGCCCUGUGACCUCAGCCCACGGGGGCACCUACAGGUGCUACAGCUCACGCAGCACCUCCCCCUUCCUGCUGUCACGCCCCAGUGAUCCCCUGGCGCUCCUGGUCUCAGGAGCAGCCGACACCAUCAGCCCCUCACAGAACAACUCAGACCCCAAGAGUGGUGAGUAG